UCUCCCCUCAGAAUCUUCUUACGAGAAAACAGCCACGCAGCAAAGAAGGUAAGACGAUGUUCACGUUGGAGAGCUCCGACGGUUUCUUAUUUGUGGUUGACGAAGCGGUCGUACUUCAAUCAGUGAUACUGUCGCCUAUGGUUCAAGAUUGCGCCAGUCGUGAAUACCCGAUCACCAACGUCACAGGCAAAAUCCUCAAGUUAGUGAUUGAAUACUGCAAGAAUCACGUCGUCGUCGACGGUGGCGAUUCUUCUUCCUCCUCCAGUGAUGCUCUCAAGAAGUGGGACGAUAAGUUCAUCACGCAAAUGGAUCUGUCCACGGUCUACGAUCUCCUCAUGGCUGCGAACUACCUAAACAUCAAAGGUCUUUUUGAUCUCGCUUGCCAGAGAGUCGCUGACGUGAUCGCUGCAUGCAAAGACCAUAAGGAGAUUCGUGCAAUGUUCGGCCUCGUGAACGACUUCACAGCAGAGGAGGAAGCAGAGGUUCUCAAGGAGAACGAGUGG